UUCCUCCAGCCACAGAACAACCAGCCCCGAUGGAGCCUCCCGCCGCCGCCCGCCCCACGGAGCCCGCUGCUGCAGCGCCCUGCUCGCCGACCCCGAGGGAACCGCGACUCCCAGCCUGGUCGAGAUGCUCCGCGUCUUGUCCCCACAACUGGGUGGCCUCCUGGAUGUGCUCACCUGGGCUGUGCUGUCGCUCCUGGGUUACUGGCGUCGCCUCCCCGCGGCCGUGAUGAUGAGGAGGAGGAAGAGCCGUGGGCCGGCCCGCCCACGCCACGGCUUGGCCACCCCGCUCCCGGCACAUCGGGGAGCCCCGGAGGAAGGAGAGGACUUUGCGGCAGGUCCCGCUGCGUCCCAGGGGCCAGCCCCCCAUUGGGGAGAAGGGGAGAAUUCAGGGGGAAGCCCCCAAGCUCCUUCUGUGUCCCACGACCAGGAGGAGGGAGUGAACUGUGGAGAAGAGGCCGCGGCCCGGCUGGAGAUGUUCCUCCCUCUGGAGGAGGGUGGAGAUGGUCAGAAGCAACCUCGGGAUGGUCCAUCCUGGUCCCCGCAGGACAGGGAAUGUCACGGGGCUGGUCGGAAACCUGAAGGAGGCCUCAAGCCACCUGGGGGAGAUGCCCCCAGCUGCCCUCAGGGUGGCCCAGACCUGGGGCACCCCAUCACCAGGAACCCCCAUGUCCUGUCCUUGUUCUACUGCCCCUCGGAGGAGGACGACGACGACGCUGGAGACUGGCCCAGCGAGGAGGAGGGAGAUGGAGGGGGCUGCUCGGGCGCAGACUGGACCGAUUCGGAGGAGGAGCCGGAAGACGACGCCUGGCGUGAGGAGAACGAAGCGCUGUGGGGGACCCUGUGCCGUGGGCAGGACCCCUUCAACCCGCUACGCUUGGCCGGGGGCCCCCCGGGCCCCAACCAGCCACGGCCCAAGAACCAGGAAUUCCGAGUUUCCUUCUACCUCCGCGGGUCGGACUCUGAGGCUGAAAAAGAGGGGGACCCCUGGAAACCCCCUGAGAAGCCCUGGCCUAUGAGACGGGGUGUCCCUAGUAGGACUCGGUGCUGUGAGCUGGGAUCCCGGGGAGCCGGGGACCCCAUCAAGGUGGAGACCUCGAACUCUGAGGGCAACCAGACAGCUAAGAAGGUUCGAUUCUCCCCCGUCGUCACCGUGCACCCCCUGCUGGUCUGGCGCUUUGCCAGCCGGGCUGCCCGCCGGGGGCCCUGGGAGGAGCUGGCCCGGGACCGGAGCCGCUUUCACCGGCGCAUCGAGCAGCUGGGGGCCAUCCUGGGGCCCUGCCUGGAGCCGGGACACCGGGCCGGAGCCUGGAGGAGGAUCCACAGGGCAGCCCCGGAGCCGGCGGGACAGGAGAUGCCCUUCCCCCUCCACGAGGGAAAGGAGGGGGAGGGGACGCAGGACAUGUCUCUCCAGCUCUGCUCGGAAAGGAUGGAGGACCCAGGCAUCCGGGAUGGAAGACUGGGCUAGGGCACAAACUGUCUUCCCGGCUCCCCCCAGUGGUGAUCGCAUUAACCCUUCUGGCUCUGCAGCCAGGCUCCCCUCUGCAGCUCUGGGAACUGGGACUCCUGGGUUCUCCCUGGCUCUGGGAGGGGAGUGAGGACUAGUGGUUAGAUCGGGGGGGGACUGGUACCCAGGCCUCCUGGGUUUCUUUGGGGAUGACACCCCUUUACCUACCUCAAUCUCUCACCUGCGUGUGCUCCGAUCUGUUGGUUUAUUACUGAUAAAUUAUUUUCUGGCUGGUCCAUCUGGCCGGGGACUAAAUAUUUAUAUUUUUUUAUAUCGGGAUGUAUGGGGGGUGGGGGGAAGUGGGCGGAAGGGAUUUCUCAAGCAGCCCGGGCCUCUUCCUUGAGUUUCUGAAUCCCCCUGGUAUUUUACUCCCCCGUCACCCUGACUCUGGGCUGCUUUAACUGCUCCCAGUCUGCUAAUAAAGGUUUAAUACGCGGCUGCUCGCUCUGCGUGGUGGUGUUCAGACCCCUCCCCAGGUGUCCGAGGGG